AAGGGCAGCAGCUUCAGCACACGUAAGGGAGCAUGCCCAGCUCCCUGCCUUCAGUCUUAGCUCACUUGCUCCCAAAGGGCUCUCCCCCCUCCCACAGCAAAGAACUGAGAACCGAAACCGAACAGCCUGGAGUCCCUCCUCUUCUGUGUGUGUUUUGGAGAAGGAUGUCCAUCAGUUUUCAGUCUCUUGUCAGGCUGCUGCAUGGAUCAGAGGUCCAGGCAGCCCUACAUGCAGCUCAUGGGCAGAGGCAGGGGAUGAAGGACGACGAGAGCCUGUCAGAGCCCCUGCUGGUGCCUGGGCAGGAGCGUGGUCCCUGUGGAAGCUCCUCCAAAGAGAAGCACACAGGAGUCUUCGGGAGAGUCAGGGGAGCCUGGGCAUCCUGUUGUCAGGUGCCUGCAGCACCGACGUGGGUGCGAGGCCUGGCUCCUCUCACUUGGCAAUGCUCUGUCAGGAAGAGCAAGCCCUCAGAUGGUGUGUGGUUUCUGUUUUGCAUUCUCCUGAUCGUCAUGUUGGCUCUGCUUGAUCAGACAUGGUUCUUGUCAAGCCCGUACAGGCACCAGAGCACAAUGGUCAUCGGGCGCUGUGGGCAGACCACGCCCUGCAGGCACCCAGAGCCGCCCCGUCCCCAGGAGCUGAGCGUCGGGAGCCUGCUGAGAGCCCGGAGCCAGGCCCAGCGCCCGGGGGCUUACCGGGACUGCCUGGACGUGGCGCUGCGCGAGUUCCGCCGGGAGCCGGCCAUGGUGCAGAGCAACGCCCGGCUGAUGCUGGACUGUAAUGGGACAGCCCAGGCUUUCCAGUCUGGGAAGGGGCAGGCCCAGAUCCAGGUGGCCUGGAUCGCUGGCAAGGCAAAGUACAACAUUCAAGUCAACAGCACUGAGGCCUACGUGUCCAGGCUGAAGCUCAGACAGUUCCCCCUCAAUCUCACCAGCCUGCUAAGUGUGCAGCAGGACCUCACCUUCCGUAGGGCCCCGGAGCUGGUGGGACAGUGCCUGGAGCGGGCAGUGCAGGAGGUCUCACGGGAGCUGGAGUGCCUGCUGUGGGACGCUCAGCUGGUGGUGACGUGUGGGGGCGCCGAACUGACCUUCGUCUCUGGGGAGGGGCACAGAAAGAUGAAUGUGUAUGCCGAUGGCAAUGGGACGGUCCAGUACUGGGAGCAGCCGGUCGGGUGGCCACUGUGGUUUGCCCAGCUGCUGAACGUGAACUGGUGCUGAGUGUCAGGCUAGGAGUGACAGAGCAGGGUGGGGAAGUGGAGUAGGGUUGGCAUUUGGCGUCAUGGGGCCAGAUCCCCACUGUGGUGAAUUUGCUGUGGCUCUAUCAGAGCCACUGGGACCAAAUUCCCAGGUGGUGCAGGACAGGCAGUGCCCACUGGGCUCUCCCCUCGCACUGACGUAAACCAGGUACCCACACUGUUAGAGUGUGUGGGCCCAGAUCAGGUCGAUCCCAUCAUGGUGGGCACAGCAGGUGUAGAAGUACAAAGCUAGCACUUCUGGCUGCAUCUUUUCUAUACCUGGCCUAGAAGGCAGGUGCUGGACUCAGGGUACUCCUGGGUUAUGUUCCAGGCUCUGCCAUUUUAAGCUAUUCACUUUUCGUCUGAUUCCCUUUUCACUGGAUUAAUUUUAACCAGUGGUGCUCUACCUUCUGGGCCUGUAGGCUGGGCGAGUGACACGGGGUCAGUCCGCAAGCCAGAUCCGGCAUGACAUCACCAUGCAGGGGCGGUUCAUGGGUGCAAUCCAGUACUCUGACCUGGCCCUGUGUGUUGGAUCCUGCUGUGGAGCAACACCGUGUGCCAGAUCUGGCCACAGGUCCACCCUGUACACCAGUAUGGUCUGGCAGGUGGGGCCAUGUCACUUAGCACACAGGACUCCCCAUGAGGGAAGAAAUUUGGCAGUGGGGGAAUGGUGUCAGGAUUAAUUGCUGCAGGUCUGGGAACAAUUCAUGCUACCACUAUUGCAUUUAAAAAUGGGUUUUAAAAAUGAGUGCUUUAAGAAUUGACACAACACUCGGUUGAUUAAUAGCAGGAAGGCUUGCUUUAAUAACUACCAAAAGUCUAUAA